GACUAUAAGAAUUAAUAAUGCAUAUAGGUUCUCUUUUUGUCUACCUACGUAUUUGUUAAUUAACAUUCACCGUCUUAAUUUAUAAUGUUAUCAGAUUACUUCUCCAACUGUAUUUUAAUAUGCUGAAAUUGAUAACAACAGCAGUUUUUGUACUUCUGAAUUUGAGAAACUAAUUAUGAGUUUUGAAGCCUGAUGAUUUUAUUCCUUCUUUUUGUCUGGAAUGAAGUUCCUAUCCAGAUCUGCAAAAAAUGGUUCCUAUUUCAAAAAUUUACCAAAAUCAAGUGCUAUAAAGCUUAUCGAUAUUGGCAGUACUACAUUUGAAAGCCAGGGUCAUAGCUAUGUGGUGUCUACACGUCAUUAUCGUGCUCCGGAGGUUAUUUUGGGUCUUGGAUGGAACUAUCUUUGUGAUAUGUGGAGUAUUGGUUCCAUGCUUGUUGAAUUGUGCUCUAACCUGAUCGUGAAGCAUGUAGACCACUCAGCUGGAUAUCUGAUUAAUCUUUUGCAAGGGCUUUGAUAGGUUCCAACCUGUAGCAGAAAGAAGGAACAGAAGUAAAUGCAGGAAAAAGCUUUUUAUAUAUUGAUGGAAUGGAAAUUACAACUCAAAAAACAGAAACGACCGAGGCCAUUCGAGAGGGCCUUACUCUCCUAAUAUGACGUUACAAUCUUUUUUCAUGCCCCAAGACUCCCAGCAUCUAUUCUAUUUAUAACUCCCCUGUUUAACUAACUCUAGCCAUGUCACUCUUGCUCGACAGAAUUUGUUACCCCCUCCACAACCUUCUUGAUCCUUCUAGAAUGGGUAUAUUUGAUUGGGGCUCUAUUAGGUUUCUACGGUAUGACCCUGCUGAGCGAUUCAAAGCAAGAGAAGCUCUAUGACACCCCUUCUUCUCAAGGGAUCUGAGAAGGCGUUUCUAUCCAUUCUGAUUGGAACAUCUCAUCUGUGCUUUCUAUUGGGAGAACAAGGAAAGGAAAAUCCACACUUAUUACAUUAAACAAAAAAGGGGAAACGAUAACAGAAGGUGACAGAAAACAGUACAUUCUGAAGAUUGGCUGCAGUUAGUGCCAACCUCUGAUGCACUUGAUCUGCUGGGCUUAAGCUGUAAGUAUGUGGUUUUCUCAUUUAUUUGAUUUAAGUCUCUCAUUUCUUCUAUCGUUAUAUGAUUAAUUGUAUGCAAAUGUGUCCAUUUGGAAAUUCAGUGUUACUAUUCACUUCUUCUGUGAGUCAUGACUUGAAAUGAAGAUUCAAACUAAUAUAAUCUCUGAUUAAAGGUUAA